UACGCUCUCAAAACCCAAAACAUUUUUCACAAUUCACACAAAAUCUCCCAACAAAACUCUGAUAAAUGCAAGAGAAAAAACCAGCAAUGGCAGCAAAGAAGAAAACAAAUCUCUUAGAUCACAACUCAAUCAAACACCUGCUCGACGAGUCAGUCACCGAGAUUGUUACGAGCCGCGGAUACGUGGAGAAUGUUCGGCUGAGCAAUUUUAGACUUUUUAUGGGAGCUAUUAUUAUAGCUAUUGCUCUUGUUGCUCAGUUUUACAAGAAGAAGUUCCCGGAGAAUCGAGAGUUUUUGAUUGGCUGCAUCGUUUUGUAUGUAGUAUUCAAUGGACUGUUGCAGCUGAUUGUAUACACAAAAGAGAAGAACGCAUUCUUGUUUACAUAUCCUCCAAAUGGAUCUUACACUAGCACUGGUUUAGUGGUGUCCUCAAAGUUACCCAGAUUUUCUGACCAGUACACACUUAGCAUAGCAAGUGCAGAUCCUAAAUCAAUUUCAGCUGGAAAACCAGUGGAGUUUACAAAGAGCGUCACUCAAUGGUUCACCAAGGAUGGAGUCUUAGUGGAAGGAUUGUUCUGGAAAGCCGUUGAAGGGCUAAUUAAUGAUUAUGCAGCAGAGCCAAAGAAGAGCAAAUGAUAUAACGAUUGACAGAUAAGUCGACAGCUUAGACAGAUCAAACAUUGCAUUAUUGUGCUUGAUAUGGUUGUUUAUUGAAAUUAUGGUUCUUGCAUCCAAAAUUUUCGAACCAAACUAAAUUAAUCAACUUGCAUUAUAUUUGGAACAAAAUUUCAUGAUAGUUUAAUGUUUUCGGACAA